AUGGCCCCUGUGGAGGUCAGGGCACUCCAUAGGACAUUUCUGGUACCAUUUGCUGCGGUUCCUUGCUGGCCGCAGGUGGACCCUGAUCGGUUGGCAGGCAGCAACAGACUUGACGUCUUUUGCCGCUCAUUGGCGUCUGCCUUGGGAACGAGGCCACGCAGGGAUUCAUCCUUCUUGGCUGCUUUUGCAAGGCCGUCCUGGACGCCACGAAUUGGCUUGGGACUCUUGGAAAGCCUUGAUGGCAAACCUCCAGCAGGAGCUGGAGCUGUCGGAGUUGUAGAGGUAGUGGGCAGAGAAUCAGAGGACAUCUUCCUCGAAGAGCGGCCCACGGCAGAGCGUUUGAAGCAGUUGCUCCAGCAACAAAGCGUGCCUGGUUGGAGAUCCUGGGAGGAGGCAUCCAUGAGAUCGCUGCUCUUGAAGCUACUGAAAGAUGAGCCACGUGGCAAACGUGCACGCCUUUUCGUGCUUCAAGAGGAUGCAGCUGAAACUGCAGAGGAGGCUUUGUCGCGAUUGGCAGCUGAACCAGAGGUGGAUCAUCUGAUCUUUGUGGUGGGUGACCACAUUGGCCUACGACCGAUGGCUGUUGGUAGGCUUGUGAGUGACUUCGGUGCAGAAGCUGUGCAAUUGCCUACGGCACCAUUGCCUGAGAUGUGGAUCCUGAACCCAACCCUUUCUCGUGUCAUGUUGCUUUCUUUGCCCUUUGCCUCGACACUGGCAGAGUGGUGCGAGGAGCAGAUGGCAACAUUAAGAUCAUUGAGAAUGUUGGUCACCGCGCCGAGCAGCCCUCUGAUUGAUAUCCAGGGCGCACUCAGGCUUCCCCUUCUCGUUCUGGACCUGCUUUUGGGGAUGUAUUUCAUAUUUUAUGAGGUUACGAUGCUUAGUUCCAACGACAAGGUGGUAGUGCCGCAACUUCUUGUAGCAUUUUUGUCAUCCACGAAACACGUGGCACAGACAAAAUCCAAGCUUCCCAGCUCGGCCAUUGACGAAUGGAUGGCCUGGGACUAG